CGAUGACUUUUUCAGAGCUGCUAUCUACGUGUCUUUCGAUUUUUUUUUUCCUCGAUCGCCGCUUCAAAGGAAAAAUAAAAAAUUUUGUCGCUCGUUAGAGAUUAGGAUAAUAGCAAUUAUAUGCAGUGCGAGUGCAUACGAUACACUUACAUGGAUGUUCGUAAAAAUAUUUUUGAAAAAAUUGACAAAUAUUCAAAAAAAUGUACAUGCGACGAUAAUGUUGGAGGCGUUGAUUCAGAUAAUAUCAACGGUAUUUUGUAAACCGACGCAUGUUUUCGUGAUAACGAUUACGAAUUUUUAAUAGGAACGAAGAAAAAAAGAAGAAAAAAAAUUCGUCGGCUCGAUGCAGAACGACCGGAGGUGACGCGGUGUAAUUAUUCUACCUGAAAUUCGUGACGCAGAAGCGUAAUUACUAGAUAAUUUUUUUUACGAAAUGUAAUUUAGCCUUCCAUGAACGUGACCCAUUCGAUAUAUUUGUAUUAAUUCACGCGUGCGAUGUAAAUCGUGAUAUGGUUCGAAAAGAAAUAAUUAGUUUUCUAACGGAAAGUCGAUUUUGUACGAAAUAAAAAAAUUGGAUUCGAUCAAUUCGGAAAAAAGAUCGAAUCAAAAAAGGAGCGUGACGAGAAAGAUUUUGACAUUCAAUCCACUGGUUUAGAUAUUGUCUCGUGAAAAGAAGUAAUAAGUUAGAUACGAUCGUAGACAACUGAUUAAAUCUGUACACCGCGUUCUCCGGCGUAUAGUUGUACGUUCAUACACUUCACAUGUCGGUAUUACUAAUUUACUAUUUGUUAUUCCAACGUAAUCACAACCCAUUGCUAAUUGAUGUUCGGUUUAGUUGCCGAACGAUCGUAUCUUUCGCUGGAAUAUCUUCAUUUUGAUUAUGGUAUUCGAGACGGAUUAAAGUUUCGAAUUUACGUGUAACGUUCACUGUGGUUAAAGUUUAAUCGUUCCAAUAUACGUACGUCGUAUCGGUGUUGUGUGGUGUAGGACUUUGCAUUUCAACUACCACGCAAUAAUGAUAACAAUGAUGACGACGAUGAUAUAGGACGUUUAUGACCAGUUCUACUCCGAUGAUAUCAACAUCGUGAACGUUCGCUCAUCUUACUUAUAGAUGCUGUGUCGCGACCACCCGCUGAAAUUUCGUGCUCAUUUCAAAGUUUAUGGCGUUUUACACGUACAAUACGUACAGUAUUUGGUUGUGUACCUUGGCCCGAGACCAGAAAAUCACCGCGUAUUUAUUAUACCUAUACUUUCUGUAGAAAAAAAAAGUUCCGCAAAUACAACAGCUGCCGAUGUUUCUGGUGAUAUAAAAAAAAAAAGGCAGUUCAAAUACAAAAAUUUGGAAAAACUUUAUCUCAUAUACCAAAGGAGGAUCCAGAAUGCUUACAUGUCCAUUUUUUUUCUACUCCAACUUUGUUUGGGAAUCUCGCACUGUACCGCACUGAUAACGAUGGUUUCCUGGCAGGACGCCCUUCCCGACGUCAUAAAUCACUGCGUCGUUGGGGCCCUUCUAUUUCCUCUCAUCGCUCUGUCCUUCAGACCAAAAUUGAUAGCGAAGGAUCCGUGCGUACCGGUUUUUUUAUCCUGUCUUAUCGUCGCUCUUUUGGUAGCCGGCGAUGUAACCAUGCCUCUGUAUCGCGCCGCGAGUGAAAACUACAAUACUCCGGCGGUAAGGCCGGCUUACGCCACGCACACCCUUCUCGCGUGCUACGUCUUCCUGCCAUUGACAGAAAAUUUACACGCAUUCAUGCUCGGAAUUACCACAACGCUCUGUCACCUGGCGAGUCUGGCCAUGAUCACCUACAGAAACGAACCGAAUUAUAUCGGCAGGCUCGUCCCCGAUGCGAUUUAUUUCAUAUGCGUGAACGGUCUUGGACUUUAUUUCCGAUUUAUGAACGAGGUCGUUAUCAGACGGUCGUUUCUCGACAGACGUAAAUGCGUCGAAUCCACCUUGAAACUGAACUACGAGAAGGAUCAGGAGGAACAACUCACGCGGAGUAUUUUACCCCAGCAUAUAGCGGCCCAGAUAAAAAGAGAUUUCAGAAAUAUAUUCAAAUUCAUGGAGGAACACAAAACGAUAGAACAAAAAACACCCUACAACGAUCUUUACGUCGAGAAGCACAAGAACGUGAGCAUUCUUUACGCUGACGUGGUGAAUUUUUCUGGUCUGACCGUCACGUUGCCGGUAAAAAAACUUGUCGAAACUCUGAACGAUUUAUUCAGAAGCUUCGACGAAGCAUCGGAAAAGCACACGGUUCUUCGGAUAAAAUUUCUCGGCGAUUGUUACUACUGCGUGAGCGGUGUGCCCACCCCGAACGUACAGCACGCGAAAAGUUGCGUCGAUUUGGGGUUGGAUAUGAUUCAGAUAAUUCGUGGCGUUCGUGAGGAGCGCGGACUGGACGUUGAUAUGAGAAUCGGUGUGCAUUCGGGGACGAUAAUUUCCGGUAUCAUCGGUGCUAAUAAAUGGCAGUACGACGUGUGGUCGAGGGACGUUGUAAUCGCCAAUAAAAUGGAACAAACCGGACGUGCGGGAAAGGUUCACGUUACCCAGCAAACUUUAAAUCUCCUCGAUAUCACGCAGUACAAUUGCACACCGGUCGAAUCGGUGGUGAACGAAACGCUGAACAAGUAUAAAAUAAAAACAUAUUUGCUCACGCCAUCCCCCACAGCUGCACCGCCGACGCCUCAACCCGACACUCCGAUUAGUCAGAACAGCGAGAACCCCUUAAAUCGGGGGGAUGCGCCAGUCCAAAGCAAAGUAUAUCUUCAAGCGAGAAGGUCGAGCGCGAGGCCGAGCCUGUCCAUAUCGAAGGGUCAUCGUCGGAAUACACCAAGCGGUUCGAACGGACACGCUGACGUGACGGUUGGAACUUUCAGGAGAAGAACCGCGUUUAUGGAUACCAAUUUGAGGCAAUAUCAGCAGAUGCUGAAAACAGCAGACGCUCACAUGAAAACUGCUAUACAGCAAAUGCCGCUCAGCAAAUUCAAACAGUGGUUCAAGGGUGAACACAUAAAUCCACUUUUUUUGACCUUCGACAACUGGAGCUGGGAGUUGCCGUUCCUCAGGGAACCGGAUCCACUGUUCAAAUUUUACGUCGGUUGUGCAGCUGUGGUGCUGAUCUGCAUGGGUUUCAUGCAACUGGUUCCGAGUCUCGUUCUUCCUGAUUUCAGAUGGCACGUUAGCACCGGUCUGGGUUAUGCCAUAACGGUGGCGUUCCUUCUUCUACUUUUACCUUUUACUUGGCUUCACUACGCGUGGACCAGAUGGAAGGAUCCGCACGAAGAGAACGAGGGUCAUGUACCUCAGCCGCAAAAUAGAUUGCUUCUUUUUAUGUACCAGACAAGCGUUAAGGUGGUCUGGAGCGCUUUACUGCGAACGUCUCUCUACCUGGUGAUCACGAUAAUGUUGGCAGCUUGUGCCAUGGUCGACAUGCUGCUGGAGUGCGAAAACGUGGAUUAUUUGGCUUUGAAUAAUGUAACGUCUAGCGUAGCAGCGGUCGGUGUAUCCAAUACCGCGUGUACGAGUUCGUCCUGGCAAAUGACGCAGACAUGCUCCUUGGCUAUUCUGAUGAGCUUCUUAUUCCUACGGAUUCACUAUCUACUGAAAUUGAUUAUCGGAUUCGCGAUAGUUUGCUUCUAUUCAUGGAAUAUUUGGGUCUACAGAUCUGCAAUUUUUCAGUCAGGUGAGACCUGGAAUCCGCAGCUGGAACCGAAAGUUGCCCAUGUACUGAGCGUCAUAUUUCUCACGUUCUCAUUGCACAUAAUCGAUCGCCAGGCAGAAUAUUUGAACAGGCUCGAUUACCAGUGGAAACGUCAGCUCAACAAGGAACAAGACGAAGCUUUCCACACGAGGAACGCGAACAAAAUGUUGUUGAGAAAUAUUCUUCCGGAACAUGUUGCCGAGUUUUAUCUAAACACGAACAGAAGCGAAGAGCAGGAACUUUACCACGAGGCUUACGACACGGUCGCCGUAAUGUUCGCGUCCCUCACAGAACUUUCUUUGGACGAGAACGAUUUGUCUGAAAAAAAUGUUCUGGUCAUCCUGAAUCAAAUUAUUUGCGAAUUCGACAAACUCCUGUUCGAGUCCAGUUUCCUCCGUGUGGAAAAGAUCAAAGUCGCUGGUACCACUUACAUGGCAGCGUGCGGAUUGGAUGCGGGUCGCAGAGAUUCCUUGCACGGAUCCACGUCCGGAAGUAUGUUCAGUGACCUCGAUCCUGUCGUAAAUUCUGGCCAGGGAAAUUAUCAGCCCUACACAGAUCAGGAACACGUUGUAACCGUAAUGACACGUUUCGCUGCCGCGAUGAUGUCCAUUCUCGACAAAAUCAACCGAGAAAUGAUAUCGACGAUGGAACCUUACAAGCUCAGGAUAGGAAUUUCUCACGGGGAGGUAACCGCCGGUGUGGUAGGGGCGCAAAAACCCCUCUACGAUAUAUGGGGAGACGCCGUUAACAUGGCGUCAAGGAUGGACACAACUGGAGUACCUGGAAAAAUACAAGUUACCAAAGAGACGGCAAACGUUUUAGAUCAGCAAGGGAUACGCUGCGACCUACGCGGCGACACUUACGUAAAACCAAAGGGUCUGGUCACUACGUAUUUCGUCGGGAUCGACGGUGGCAGACAAUUGCAGAGGGUCGAAUCCGUCCUCGAUACCAGAUUAUGAGGAAAGUAACCACAGAUUUUAUCGAACCUUAUCAAUUUGACCUUCGGUUGAUUCCAUAACCGAUCGUACCAAUGAAAGAUUUACAAUUGUGAGAUCAGCACCGAUCGUUCGCUGAAAAAAUCUUGGGGUUGAUCUCCUCCGUGAAAAAAGAUUUCAAAUCCCGUUUCAGAUCGUUUCAGGGAGUCUGAUUUUAUUGAAAUCAUUGUCAUGCUUUCGCCGCUAACGUAUCCGGCUGGGGGAUUAUUUUAUCCCUUUGAAAGAUACGGGCGAAAAUUACAGGGUAGAUGCAUUUUAGCAUCCUAAUUAAUCGUUUCUGAAGUCAGAUCUUAUACAGGACGACGCGAACUGGUAAGGUGGAUUCGUGUGUAUGCCUAUUAUAUUAUGUAAAUGCCUAGAAUAUAUAUAUAUAUUUGACAAACUUUACAUUAUGUACUUAAAAUAUGUAAGCGCAUCGAUGGAUUGAUUG